AUUAAUAUAAUCUUAUUUUAUGAUAGUAAGACAAGAUUUUUUUAUUAUACUUAGUUCGACUAAGUUUGACGUUGUUUAAUAAUGCAGCUAUGUAGAUUUGUAUUUGAACAAACAUCUUCCACGUGACUACAGUCAAAAUAAGCGAAAGCUAUCGUACCACCAGAAGCCUUUACAGGAAACUUUCCGCCCACCAUCACGUCGUUAAAACAGAAUGGAGGCAAUUUUAGUCUUCCCUUUAGUUCGUCCUAGCACGUUGAAGCAUAAGUACACAGAGUGGUAUGCAGUGAACGAAUACAUCAUCUUUGAAGCAAAACUAUAAAUACGUUAAAAAAUGACUGAGAGCACGAAGAAAGAUCAUGCUCCACUGGAUGUUAUUCAGGAAGCCAUGGGCGUUUUGGGCCCUUGGCAUAUCAUAAUUGCCGUUGCGGUAUCCCUCGUUAAGUUUCCCGUAGCUUGGCAUCAACUUUCCAUAGUUUUUCUUGCACCGCCAGUUAAUUUUACAUGCGUUGCACCAGCUUCUUUUAAAAAUGAAUCAAAUUCAAUGCAAUGCUAUGUCGCCGUUGAAAACAAUAUCACGGAGAAAUGUACGAAAUUCAACUACGAUCGUAGUAUAUUUCAUGAAACCAUAAUUACGCAGUGGGAUCUCGUUUGUGACAGAGAACAAUUGGCAAAUUUUGCGCAAUCGUGUACAAUGUUCGGUAUUCUUGUUGGAAACAUGAUAUUUAGCAUGAUGGCUGAUAGGAUUGGACGCAAAAUUCCUUUAAUGAUUGCUAUUAUUUUACAAGUAUUGACUGGGAUAUUGAGCGCAUUCGUACCUUGGUUCGAAUUGUUUUUGGUAUUGAAAUUUAUUUCAGCAGUAGCUACCGGUGGUACUAUGCUCGUCAGUUUUGUUUUGCUUAUGGAGAUUAUUGGAAUACAAUGGCGCGGAACGCUCUCAGUUUUAUUCCAUGUACCAUUCUUACUAGGACAUCUAUUGAACCCCUUGAUUUCUUAUUUAACACAGACCUGGUAUGGAUUUCAAAUAGCAGUAUCAAUCCCACCGAUACUAUUGUUGUCUUAUUACUGGAUCGUUCCAGAAUCGCCAAGGUGGUUGCUUGCUGUUGGCAGAGUAAAGGAAGCAGAAGACGUAUUAACAAAAGCAGCAAAACGAAAUAAAAUUCCACUCGGAAACGUAAAAGCAGCCAUAGAGAGUCAUGAAGAUCAGGCUAAAAGCACAGCUGAAAGAGCGAAAGAAAAGUACAAUAUGACCCACUUAUUUAGGACACCAAAUCUUAGGACCAAAACUAUCUACAUAUGUGUCAAUUGGUUUGUUUGCGGUACAUGCUUUUUUGGAUUGGCUCAGUACAUGGGACAGCUGGCUGGUAACAUAUUCGUGAACGUUGCUUGUUCAGCUGCUAUGGAAUUACCAGGCACAUUUGUGGUUCUUGCGUUGAUUUCACGAGUGUCUCGCCUAAAAAUUCUCAUGGGUGGAAACAUAUUGUCUGGCACAAGUCUUUUGCUAAUAACAGUUGUAUCUGAUCCGACCGCUCGAGUGUGUUUGGCUAGUUUAGGACUGGCAGGAAUGGCUAUUAGUUUUCCAACUGUGUACUUGUAUAGCAGUGAAGCAUUUCCAACAGUUGUAAGAAAUGUUGGCGUUGGUUUGGCCAGUGUUUGUGCUAGAGUUGGAAGUAUAAUAGCACCCUAUAUAGCAACUAUGGGCAUCAUUGAACCCUGGUUACCACCAGUAUUGUUUGGCGUAGGUCCAUUAGUAGGAGCUGGUCUUUGUUUAUUAUUACCAGAAACCAUGAAUUCUGAUUUACCGGAAACCAUUGAAGACGGGGAGAAUUUUGGAAAGUAAAUUAUUUUUAUAGUGAUCGUUUAUUAGUAAGAGACCUGUGAAGGUAACGUUGUAAUCUUUACUGCAUACUUUACCAUUACAUUGCUCAUGGGUAUUGUGCUACUGCAUCAAUUGACAAAUAGAUAAUACUUCCAUAUCACCGUGAUAACAUAGGUACUUGUAAUUGGUAUGUUAUGCUGUGAUAACGUUUAAUUAGCAUGCGAUUUAGUAUAGUUACAUAUGUGCAAUGUAUAAGGGCCACUUUGACGAGACAGCUUUGGCAAUAAAUUUUUAUAAAAAUUGAAAUCUGUAAAGAUAAAUAUUUAUACUGAACAAUUUCUGACUGCAAUACACUGGUAAUAUCGUCUAAAAUUGAUAUGCACUAUUCCAUUCUAUAUUGCUGGAUACGUAUGCAUCGUGUCUAUAUUUUUCAAAAUAUUUUAACAAGAGAAAUAGGUUUUUGAGAAAGGUAAAUAGGUAUUCUUAACAAGUUUUUACAUACAUGCCUAUGCAUUAGCCAUUUAUACUUUCGGAUAGCUAAUAUACUUUGAGGGGCCAAUUUCUAAUUUUGCUAAGUGCAUAAAAGUCCCCGAAAUGUGGUAUUAACGUUGCAACUAAAU